CCCUAAUUUCGCUUGUGCAGACUGCAGAGAAGUUGAGAAGACACAUAAAGGUUGUAAAGUCUGGUUCAGUGAGAGAGAGAGAGAGAGAGCACUUUCUAACCUAAAACUUAACAAAUAGUAACAAUGGCGUCGAUGUCAAUCCCACAGGGAGAGAGAGCACUCUCGACGAAGGAGGCAGAUAUACAAAUGAUGUUGUCCGGCGAAGUUCAACUCGGCACCAAAAACUGCGAUUUUCAGAUGGAGCGUUACGUCUUCAAGCGCCGUACCGAUGGGAUAUACAUUAUAAACCUUGGAAAAACAUGGGAUAAGCUUAUGCUGGCAGCCAGGGUUAUUGUUGCGAUUGAGAACCCGCAGGACAUCAUUGUUCAGUCUGCUAGGCCAUAUGGUCAGAGAGCAGUUUUGAAGUUUGCGCAGUACACAGGUGCUCACGCAAUUGCUGGGCGCCAUACUCCCGGAACAUUCACUAAUCAGCUUCAGACUUCAUUCAGCGAGCCUCGCCUCCUGAUCCUCACUGAUCCAAGAACUGAUCACCAACCUAUCAAGGAAGCUGCACUUGGAAAUAUUCCAACUAUCGCUUUCUGUGACACUGAUUCCCCAAUGCGAUAUGUUGAUAUUGGUAUCCCUGCAAAUAACAAGGGAAAACACAGCAUUGGCUGUCUAUUCUGGCUCCUGGCGAGGAUGGUUCUGCAGAUGCGGAACACAAUCCCUCAGGGGCACAAGUGGGAUGUCAUGGUUGAUUUAUUUUUCUACAGGGAGCCCGAGGAAUCUAAGGAGCAAGCAGAAGAGGAAGCACCUGCAGCAGGAGAUUACGGAGAUUACACUGCUCCUGGAAUUCCUGGUGCAGGUGAUCAAUGGCCUACUAGCCAAAUUACUGAUGGCCAGUGGGUCACUGACGUGGUCCCGGGUGCCACUCCAGGAACAGUGCCAGCGCAAAUAGCUGCUGAUGGUUGGGAUACUGCAGCUGCACCUCCACCAGAAACAAUUCCGGGUGCUGGAAUCAAUACUGUUCCUGCUGCUGCUUCUCAAAAUGAAUGGGGACCUUGACCUCCGACUCUAUUAGUUUUCGUUGAACUUUCUGUCCGAAAAAAGGGAUCUUGUAAGGAUUUUGUUUUUGGCAAAAAAAAGUUGAGGUGUAGUUUAUGUUUAGUUUGAAAAUUUUGACAUUGAUGUUGGGCUCCUAGAAUAUGGAUUGGUUGUUUAACAUUUAUAUUAUCAUUUAUAUGGUUUUCUUUCUA